UCACGUAGAACAUUACGGUAUGUGUGGAAUCGCUGGAUAGAAAGAAAUGGAAAAUCAGCCGUUGACAUGACUAGGGCAAGUAGUGCUGCGUGACCUGAUAAAACUAUCAACAUCCAAGAAAAAUAUCAGAAUAUUGAACGAGAGUGCAGUGAAAUUCAGUGACAUUGGAGCCUUCUUACUGAGGGAUGAUACCGGGGCAAGAGUCAGUGCCAUAGCAAAUACUGCAAGUGGUGACCAAGUUGAAGCUGUUAGAAUGAUAUAUGUAAAAUGGAUGGAAGAGAUGAAGAUCACUCAUGGAAGAAACUGAUCCCAAUCUUUGAGAGAUGUUGAACUGAACUCUCUUGCCAGAGACCUUGAGCUACACUUUGGACUCACUUCACCUUCUGACAGAGCUGCUGAGUCAGCCAUGUCCUCUCUCUCCUGUUCUUCUUCUGCAGUUCCCCCCACCUCCCAGCCUCCUCUCUCUGUCUCCACAGCCCCUGCCUCCUCUACCACUGCCACCACUACUACCAACACUCCUGUGUUAGAGUGUUCCCCCAUCUCCGCCACAACUGCCUCUAUUCCUUAUCUCUCCUUAUCCCCACCACCUGCCUCCACUACCACUACCGACACUCCUGUAAACCAAGGCAGAAGCACACAAGAAGAUGUAACUGGUAAUAGCCUAUGCUGUAUAUUACACAUAAUGCAUUAGGAAAUGGUAUCAUUAUGUGUCGUAGGUGACGUGAGAAAGAGAAGAAAUGUUAAUGGGAAGGAAUCACACCCAAACCAAAAUGAUGAUGAUAGAAUUACAUCCAGUGAGACUACUUCACAAUCACAAAUUUCACUCUGGCAAGGCUGUUUGGGGAAACUGGUGAUAAUUUUCGGCAUUCUGAUCCUUGUGGCAGUCGGAUUUCAUUACUUCUUUUUGUCUUAGGGUGAUGGGAGGUCCCUAUUGGAACCAAAGUGGACCUUUGAGGGGCAUCAAUUGGGAAUCAUCUCUGUGGCAACCAACCCUACUGGAACAGUGGGAGCCAGCAGUGGUCUGGAUGGUGGUAUCAGGACAUGGGACCUCACCACAGGAGAAUGUGUCAGGAGUAUUGACGGAGGUCCCGUGGAUGUGUGGACACUCACCUUCUCCCCUGACUCACAGGUACACAUCUCGUAUCCUCCUCUGAGUAGUCACAACGGUAAGAUCAAACUGUUCAGUGCAUCGGAAGGAAAGAAAGCCAGUUCUCUGGACACCCGCGGCAAAUUCGUCAUGAGCGUCACCUAUCGUGAGUCACACGUCACCUACAGUCCGGAUGGGAAGUUGAUAGCGAGUGGUGCGGUGGACGGAAUCAUCAACGUAUUUGACGUGGGCACUGGAGGUCUCCUGCACACUCUGGAGGGCCAUGCCAUGCCAGUCAUAUCUCUCUGCUUCUCUCCUGAUUCCCAGCUUGUCGUUACCGCCUCUGACGACUGGGGCAUGAAGAUCUAUGACGUGUGA